AGUAGCAUCCCUAAUACCAAUGAUACUAAUGAAUCAUUUUCGGUACUAUACUGCCUCCGAAAAGUACCGGUCCGCCAAUUUGUGGUAUCAUCCAAAACUAAUGUAAAGUAUCAAACAACAGAAGAAUAAGAAUAAUCAUGACACCCACCUGUUCCCAAUUAGCCUGUUCACCUGUGGGAUGUUCCAAAUAAGUCUUUGAUGAGCAUUCCUCAACUUUCUCACUCUUUUUUGCCACUUGUGCCAGCUUUUUUGAAACAUGCUGCAGGCACCAAGUUCCAAAUGAGCUAACAUUUGCAAAAAAUAACAAAAGUUUACCAGUGUGAACAUGAAAUAUCUUGUCUCUGCAGUCUAUUCAGUUGAAUAGAAGUGGGAAAGGAUUUGCAAAUCAUUGUAUUCUCUUUUUAUUUACCAUUGGGUUUUGUACAUUCCAAGAACUUUCAGCUGGCUCCAACCAAAACAAUAAACAUAUUUUUUUGCACAAUUUUACUCAACCAUGUUGUCCUUGUUCCAGGCCCCCAGGAUGAACUUGAAGAACCUGCAGGAGUACUUGGCCCGGCUGUACUACCAGUACCUCCUCAUCACCAGCAUCUACGUGCUGGAGCCUUGGGAACAGUCCAUCUUCAACUCGGUGCUCCUCUCCGCCGUCGCCAUGGUGAUCUACACCUCGUAUGUGUUUGUGCCCAUCCACGUGAGCCUGGCGCUGAAGUUCUUCUCGGGCGUCUGCGGCGGGCAGCCAGAGAGCACCAUGACCCUCAUCAACUGAAUGGGAUCUAUCUGAGGAUGUGGAGUCUUUGGCAACUCAAGCGUAUCCCUGGCUCAAACAUCCGGUGGCAAUCAGCACAAGAGUUUUACCAGAAAAUUACUUCUGGACAAAAAAAAUAAUUAAUCUCUACCUAUGGCUGUCCCAUCGAUUUCGAUGAUGACGGGGACAUUCCUUUUCAGGGAAUCCAUCCAAGUCCAGGUCUUGGUAAACAUACGUGGAUAGUCUCGCCUUUGCUAAGAUUACUGAUAUGUUGACGCUCUUUGAUCCCUCAGGUCAAUAUCCAACUGAAUGCCAAGUCAUGGCGGCUGGUGACAAGGGGCCCAGGUUUUUUGAGUUUGUCUUCGCAUAAAGUGGUUGUCUUACUCAGCUAAUGAACCCAUUCUGUCCAGUGACCAGAGCAAUCUCCGCCUUGGUCCGGGUACAUGGACGUUGUCCUGAAACACAACUCAAUCCUGUGAACUAUUCGCCCAACAGUGCCGUACCAACACCGUCCCCUCACAAAGUUUGCCCGGCCAGCUAAAGCCGUUGCCCAGGGGUUGGCUUGGGGAGCCAGACGUGAGAGAUUUAGGAGACUAAGAGAGGACCAAUGUGCUUGUCGACUCAACAAGGAGUAGAGCUGCGGAAAAAAGGUGCUACCUCUACCAGAGCCCCCGUAUCGCCGUGAUUGCAGCUUUUCCUGUCUCAAGUCUGCACUUGCAGAGGCUCAAGUGAUGAGAGCAACCACUCCGUCACAAGACAAGAACUGCUGGCUUUCGGCCCCGGCCUUCUGCCAGUAACGUCCAAACCUGUACAGACAGCAGUUCUAUCUGCUCACAGAUCAUGACUUGCUCACCUGGCUCCUCAACCUCAAAUAACCAGAGGGGCAGCUGGCCAGAUGGAUUAUAACUUUCAAAUCGUCAACAAACGAAUGCUGACACCCAGUCCAGGUGUCCCUGCAAGGAAUGUCGACAAUUCCAGUGGCCGGAGGAAGUAGAGCUGGUGACCCUACAGCAUUGACGAUGACCCAGGGUAUAGCGGAAGUUGACCCAGUCCAGCUACAGCGCCAGCAGAUAGACCUAUUCAUUGGCUGUGUUUGAGAAUGGGUGGAGUCCGACCAGUGACCUGAAUGGGCUGCCACCUCCAGGCUGGAACCCGAGAUGAAAGCUCUCCACUCACAAUGGGCCAGCCUUGCCAUCCACGGCGAGCUCCUCUAUUGCCACCGGAAGAACCCAACAGACAAUUUUCACAUGCUUCCAUACUUGCCAACCUUGAG